AUGUGUAUUUUUGAUGGAAUUAGAAGAAAAUUAGCGGCAGAUUAUUUACUAUCACAUUUCAACACUAGCACAGUUGUGUCGACUUUGAGUCUACGUCUCUCUCUUUAUAAGAUAGCAGCCUUCGCUCAAGGAAGAGUUAAAGAUGAACUUUUACCCACUCUAGGAUAUAAAAAGAUAAGUGAGAUAAAAACAAGUUAUGAAGAUCUCGAAGAACCAUUGACAAAGUUGAAAAACAUCGAUUUCAUUUUAUUCAACAGAAUAUUUGUAAACUACACAAAUGAGUUUAAAAAUACGUUCUUAUCAACUGAAUUUGGAGUUCAGGUCGAUAAAGUUGGAUUUAAAUAUCCGGAAACGGCGACAAAAUUUAUAAAUAAAUUGAUCGAUGGCGUAACAUACAAACGGAUAGCAGAUGUGAUAAAAACAAAUGAUAUACAUAACGAAACCUCCUUAUUAGCUGUCAACGUCGCCUACCUUAAAGUUACCUUGGAAGUUCCAUUUGAUUUGCGACAAACGAAAUACUCCAAAUUCCGUCAGUAUAAUGGUAAAAUAUCCUCCGUGCCAAUGAUGCGUAAAACUGAAACUGUACUUUAUAUUGACGAUGAUUUUAAUAAAAUUAAAGUAAUAAACAUGAAGCUAGCUAGCGCAGGAAUAUCAAUGACUGUCGUUAUACCCAUUGACUUGCAAAGUCUUAACGACUUUCUGAACAACUUGGACAAACCAGACUUCUUUAGAAAAAUUAAAAGAAGAAUGCGGUUUGAACUUGUUGAUGUUGAAAUACCGAGAUUUAAGAUAAAGACUGCUAUUGAUUGGAUGGAUUCGUUGAAAAAGAUUGGUUUGAAAACUAUUUUUGACAAAAACACCACCGGACUCGAUAGUAUAUUAAAGGAAACCGCUCAAAAUCACCACAUCCACCUGAGUAGAGCAAAACAAAAGAACUUCCUGCAAGUAGACGAAAUGGGGGUAUUUCGCCAGCCGCCACAAGAGGAACUAAAACCGAAACCAGCAGACCAACGCUUCGCGAUGGAGGCGAUAGCUGACAGACCUUUCUUCUUCUGUAUCAACCUGCAUUAUGACAGAUCUGAUUAUUUAAAAGUUGAAGACAUUUUUAGUGGUAUUUACUUUGGACCUGAAUAAAUAAAUUUAAAGAUUGCAUUUUUUCCGUUAAAACUGUGGGUGUGUGUGCGUGUUUUUGCAAUAAGGUGUGAC